AUGGCCAGACAUUUCCUCUUUAGUUUAGGACAUGUCACCAGAAAUUAAGAUUUUUGUCUUUGAGUUCAUUUUCAAACUAACCUCCUUUUUUAUUGCCACUUUGGGAAUAAUUACUUUUAUUGGCUUGAUCUACUGGACAAUGACACUCACUUAUUAACUUUUUCACAAGUUUUUUAUUUUAUUUUUUUGCUUUUGCGCCAGUGUGACACAUAUUUCACACUAAAAUACAUUCACCUCAUGGACACAUGGAAGGGCUCAACUCGGUGACAUAGAAACAAUCUCCAUCUGGAAAGAUCUGAUUAACAUUUCCGUGCUGUUUGUACUUGGAUAUAAUGGUAAAUGUGGCACAUUCAGGCAUUUGGAUUUCACUUCCAAGGAUUAAAAAGACCUGUGUAGAUCCAUAAUAAUCUUGUUGACGACUUGACUGAUUUCUUCAACUUUUUCCACUGUGUCAUCCCAAAUGUGUUGCUUUUAAAAACGCCCUGAGGUGUGUCUCUGGUUAAUUGAAAUGUUGAGAAUGAAGCUUUCAGAAUCUGGUGGUAACCCUGAGAAGCUAACCAAUCCUCCAGUACCCUCACUCACUCUGGAGCUAUGGUGAGAAUAAAGGAUUAUGUGUGACCAUGAUCCCAGUAUACAGUUUGCAACAGUCGCCGCCACAUGCAGAUGGAUGAAAGCGUGAGUGUCACUGGAUAGAGGAGGUUUGGUGCGCUCAUCUCCUCUUGAAAGAAGGGAUUUGAGGUGAUCACCAGCUGAUAGCUCCUCCCUCUUCUGUCCCUGCAGCUGUCUGAGUCUCCUGAGUCAGUUCUCAGUUCAUUGCCUCUCACACUGGUGGCAUCAGCGGUCCCUCAGGUCAUAUGUUCCUUUUUUAAGGAAUCUUUUUUUGCCAAAGAUUUUAACACCUCUGAAGACUUUUGGGCAGCAGAAAGGCACAUGGAAGGGCUCAGCCAUGCAAGAACUUCUCACGGGACCAAGGCUCAGUUAUAAAAUGAGUGAAGAAAUUUUUAUUUCUAAGACAUCUUUGGAGCUGACGACAGAGGAAUGGGGAAAACAGGUGUACAGACAUUUUCUUUGAAACUUUUAAUAUGAAUGAUGGAGGAGUCAAGCACUGCUUUAACCUCAGAAUAUAAUGAGAGCACCUCAGAAUGGGCACCCAUGCCGUCUGCUCCCAGCAAGCAGCUGGGCACACUUCCCAACCCGCAGACUCGAUUCAAAGACCUGACAGGACUGCUUUUCAUGGUGACCCUGAACGUUCUCGCACUUCUGGCCAAUACUGCAGUGAUGGUAGUCGUUAUCAAAGCCCCUCAUCUCAGGAAAUUUGCCUUCGUGUGCCACCUCUGUGCAGUGGACCUGCUGUGCGCCAUCUUGCUCAUGCCUCUCGGCAUCGUGUCCAGUUCGCCGUACUUCGCUGAGGUUGUGUUUACUAUGCUGGAGUGCCAGAUCUAUGUCUUUCUUAAUGUAAUCCUCAUAGCUGCCUCUAUCUUCACCAUCACAGCCAUCAGUGUGGAAAGGUACUACUAUAUUGUCCACCCCAUGCGCUAUGAGGUCAAGAUGACCCUGAAGCUGACUUUGGCUGUUGUGUUGAUGGUAUGGGUGGCUUCGGCCAUUCUGGGCUUUUCCACCGUUUUCGGAUGGCCGUCUUAUGGCCAGAAGUCCAUCAGUGCUGCACACUGCUCACUUCACUGGAGCCACAAGGACCACAGGCGUAUUUUCUCUGCUCUCUUCAGCGUCACCUGUUUUUGUCUGCCAGCUGUGGUGAUCUUUGCUGUUUACUGCAAUGUGUACAAGGUGGCCCGAGUGGCAGCACAGCAGCAUGGGCCUCUGCCCUCAUGGACGAACACUCAGGUCAAGCAUCGCUCAGACUCCAUAAACAGUCAGACGACCAUCAUCACAACUCACCACGUUCCUCACAGGACAACAAGAGAUCGGUCUUUUAUUGGCAGUAAAGCUGCUCUAACCCUCAUGAUUAUUGUUGGUCAGUUUCUAAUCUGCUGGCUGCCUUACUUUGCCUUCCACCUCCAUCUGAUACUGAACUUAAAACCUCACACCCCUAAUGACUUGGAGGUAGUGGUGACCUGGUUGGCGUAUUCUUCCUUUGCUAUGAAUCCUUUCUUUUAUGGACUUCUAAACAGACAGAUCCGUGAGGAGCUGUGCAAGUUGAAGCGUUGCUACUCAACUUACCCAACAGACCCGGCCUUUUCCAGUCACGAGGGCUCAGGCCAUGAAAACUUCCUGCAGUUCCUCUAUAGGACCAAUUGCACAAUAGAGACAGGUGCAAGCUUUGCAAUGCCCAGUCCCAGAACCACUCUGGAUCAAACUGGCCAGACUGGUUUCAGGAUACCAGGUCAGAUUCCAGAAGAGUUGAACUAGAUGUACCUCACAGCUUUGACAUGAUGUUAAUAACCUGCUGGAUUAUAGAAGUCAUAUAGGACAGCAUGAUUUAAUUACUUCCAGCAAAGCUUCACACUUAAACAUAAAAAACAAAAUUUGUUGUGUCUUUUAAAACUAGAUACUGUACUCGUUGAUCUGUAAAAGCUCUGAAAUUAUCAAAAAGUAAUUUAUGCUUUUCCAAAUUAACUUUACUUUUAUAAACUUGUUUAAGCUACAACUUAGUAGUUCUAGUUUCAAAAAGAGGGGGACUGUGUAUAUAAUAUUAUUAGUUAAGAAGUCUGAAUCAGUCAAUAGGUUUACAUACAAAUCAUAGAUCUUGUAGAUUGGAUUCAGGAUCUACUUAUUAAAAGUGGAUGGCUGUUCCUUUUGUAAAAAUAUAUUUACAGCCAAAAGUAAACAUAUUAUUUUAUACUUUCAUUUAAAUACAAGCAAUAUUCUGCAAGUUAUUACUUGAUCAUUUGUAUUUGUUUCAAACAAUGUAAAAAACCCAAGUAUGUUUAAGCAUUUUUCUUUUCCUAUGAAUUUAAUGAUUAUAGUAGGGCUGUGAUCUUUUAUAUAAUCAUAUCAAUCUGUUUUUUUUAGAUGGUUUUUCUAAAAACAGUUUAUCAUGCACCUUAGUAUAUCUCUCUUUAGCUUAUACAGUCAGAAUUUAUAAUUUAAUUUGUAAUAUACAUAUAUAUAUUUUCUACAUAGCAGCAAUAAACAGUCCUAUAUAAUCUCUUUUAGUGAACAUGUUGAUAUAGUGUACAACAGUUAAAAUUGAAUUUGGAUGGUAGCAUUUUCAUUUGUAGAAUGAUCCAGUCAAAUUCCAGACCAAAGUUCAAUUGAGGUCAUUUGGCAAAAGUAAACAAUUGCUGUAUUCAGGCACUUACAUCUAAUUUUACUGAGCUUGAAUUAUUUUGAAAAGAACAGGCUUAAGAUGUGUAAACCUGGUAAAAACAUGCCCAAGCAGACUUGUAGCUGUAAUUUCAAUAAAAGGUGGUUGUUCCGAGUAUUUACGUUAAAUAAAAAUCCUCCACACACUUUUCAGAUUUUUAUUUGUGAGAGAUUCUUAUGCCAUGUUAUCUUUUCCAUCUACUUUACAGUUAUGUGCUAAUUUAUGUUUGUCUAUCCAGUGAAAACACAAUAAAAAUGAUAAUU